AUGUCUGAGGUUCCAAGCAUUGCUGCGCUGAGCAUUGCAACGCCCGUGGAAGGGCAGCCGAUCCCUACACCUGAAGAGAUUGCCGCUUGUAGAGACUUCAUCUAUGAAGAGGAUCCAGGCAAGAAUAGAGGCAGCAAAGUGUUACGAUUUGGAAAAUAUGCGGUCAAAUACGGAGGUCGCACCGAGUUCCGUGAAGUCGAGAACAUGAAGUUUCUGACCAAAUACCCCAAAAUCGCCGCUCCAAAAUACCGCGCCCAUGGUUAUCUCCCAGGCGCGAAAGGCGGUGACAGCAAAGGCGAACUCUACAUUGUGACCGACUACAUCGAAGGCGAAACGGUCGAAGCAGCAUUCAACAAACUCUCCCCAGUAGACAAAGAAGGAGUCAUCCGGCUGAUCCGCGAACAAAUCAAUGAAAUUCGAAAGAUCCCCGAUGAAGGCUACCUCGGAGGCGUGGGAGGCACGCACUAUGUCAAUAACAGUCUCACAAUCUUCAAAAACCAAUUGAAACUUCCACCUGGUGCCGACGCCUCACCCGAACGUCUCGGCCCCUUCGCCACCUACGACGCCUUCGUCGAUUCGUGGAUGCAGCGUCUCACAGACGAGCCGACACAAGAACCCUUUAAGCCCGUAUCAACAAUCUGCAACAAAAUGGCGCGUGAAAUAUGGGGGACCAACACCCGCACCGUCUUCACGCACGGCGAUCUUGCGCCCAAAAAUAUCAUGCUCACGAGACUGGGUACAAACCCCGACGGCAGCGGCAUCUUUCGAGUGACGAUCAUUGAUUGGGACGUUGCAGGAUUCUAUCCCGAGUGGUGGGAAUUUGCUGAUGCUCCUCUAUGGUGGGGCUCGACACCUGCAUGGUGGGUAGAGUCGAUCGAAAAAAUCAUGCCGACGUAUUUCAGUGAACGUUGGGUUUAUGCCUUUUACUGGCAAUAUCUCGUAUUUUAUUAG